AUGGACUCUCUUUGCGUUGUUGGCAAUGGAGGAGUAUCAUCAUUCCAAGCAUUUACAAGAUUAGAAACCACUAAUGUUAGUUUUAGGCCAAGAACUCAACUGGGCUUUGGCUGUUUUGUAAAGGAGAGGUGUAAAGAUGGAAACUUGGUGAUUGCAAGAUCAGGGAGAAGUGAGGUUGGUAAUUCAAAAGAUGGGAACUUUGCUGUUGAAAAUGAGAAAGAAGAGAAGGGUGGUAGUGGUGGUCUUAUUUUAGGUCCAGAAAGGGAUGCUUCUGGUUCUGUUAUUGGUUUUAACUUGAUUCCUGAUCAUCCUGGUAAUGGGGAGGUUUUAGAGUCUCAAAAAGAUGCAACUACGGGUGAAACGGAAGAAGCUGAGGGCAUUGAACGAGAAGAGAAAGUCCAAACCAGAGUAACUUACACUAUUGUUUUUGUUACUGCUGAAGCAGAACCAUAUUCAAAGACUGGAGGAUUAGGAGAUGUGUGUGGUUCUUUGCCUAAAUCUCUAGCUGCUCGUGGACAUCGAGUGAUGGUUGUCUCUCCUAGAUACCUGCAUGGUGGUCUGGCAGAUGAGAAGUUUGCUGGUGCUACUGAUUUGGAUUGUCAAAUAAAGGUAUAUUGCUUUGGAGGGGAACAAAAGGUUGCUUUCUUCCAUGAGUACAGGGAAGGUGUUGAUUGGGUGUUUGUGGACCAUCCUUCAUACCACAGACCUGGAAACCCAUAUGGUGAUAGCCAUGGUGCUUUUGGUGAUAAUCAGUUUCGGUUCACUUUACUUUGCCAUGCAGCAUGUGAAGCACCAUUGGUGCUUCUGCUUGGAGGGUACACCUAUGGAGAGAAAUGUCUGUUCCUUGCUAAUGAUUGGCAUGCUGGUCUGGUGCCGGUACUUUUGGCUUCCAAAUAUCAUCCUCAUGGAGUUUAUAAGGAUGCACGAAGUAUUCUCGUUAUACAUAACCUUGCACAUCAGGGAGUGGAAGCUGCAAUAACUUACAAGAAUUUGGGAUUGCCUCCAGAGUGGUAUGGGGCAUUGGAAUGGGUGUUCCCUACAUGGGCAAGGACUCAUGCUCUUGACACCGGUGAAGCCGUUAAUGUGCUAAAGGGUGCAAUUGUCACAGCUGAUCGGAUACUCACAGUUAGCAAGGGUUAUGCUUGGGAAAUAACAACUGUUGAAGGUGGAUAUGGUCUGCAUGAGCUGUUAAGCAGUCGAAGGAGUGUUUUGAAUGGGAUCACGAAUGGCAUUGAUAUUUCUGAAUGGAACCCAUCAUCAGACAAGCAUAUUGCUUCCAAUUACUCUGAGGAUGAUCUUUCUGGGAAGGUUCAGUGUAAGAUUGCUUUACAGAAGGAAUUAGGUCUUCCUAUUAAGCCUGAUUAUCCGUUGAUUGGAUUCAUUGGGAGACUAGACUAUCAAAAAGGCAUUGAUCUAAUCCGCUGGGCAACACCAGAGCUUAUGGAAGAUGAUGUUCAAUUCGUGAUGCUUGGGUCUGGGGACCCUUUGUAUGAGGAGUGGAUGAGAGCGGCAGAGUCAACCUACAAAGAUAAGUUUAGAGGUUGGGUUGGAUUUAAUAUUCAAAUUUCUCACAAGAUAACAGCAGGUGCCGACAUACUGUUGAUGCCCUCGAGAUUUGAGCCUUGUGGGCUAAAUCAAUUGUAUGCAAUGAGAUAUGGAACUGUACCAGUUGUUCAUGGCACUGGAGGGCUUAGAGAUACAGUGCAGAGUUUCGAUCCUUAUGCUCAUGAAGGUCUUGGUGAAGGCACAGGGUGGAUUUUCUCUCCGCUAUCGAAAGAAAGCAUGUUGGGGGCAUUAAGAGUUGCUAUCAGAACUUACCGAGAUCAUAAAUCGUCUUGGGAAGGAAUAAUGAAGAGAGGCAUGGCUAAGGACUAUACAUGGGAAAAUGCUGCUGUUCAAUAUGAACAGGUUUUCGAGUGGGCCUUCAUUGAUCCACCUUAUAUUAAGUGA